AUGAGGCUGCAGUUUUCUGAGUCCAAACAGUAUCCUCACGGCAUCGAAAGUGCAAUCAGGACUCAAGAUGAGACAAAUGAGACCAAAAUGAAUAUAAACUCUACUAAACAACUAAUUGUGUUUAUCAUAUGGUUCUGUGUUUAUGUGGCAAAUGAGGCACAGAAUGACACGACAACCACAACCGCCAGAAUCGAUGGCUACGACAAAAGUGCAGUGUUUGAUACAAACACGACAUUUGGCGAAAACAGUGAUUACAACGACUAUAAUUCAACGACAUUUGAUUUGAACGGUUCCCGCAAUAAUGAUAGCGAAGAGACGGAUGGAGUGACAGAAUCGGUAUCCGAUGGCGACGACACCGACGAAGACGGCGACGAAGUAUCGUUUAAAGAGCCUCAGAAUCCAUCGGAAUUCAUGGACUACUUCGAGGACUUUAUGCAGAGGACAAAGGUUAAACUGGAAGAGCUCUUCGAGCAAUAUAUGCCGCAAUUGAUUCAAAUGAGUUCAACGGUUACACUGAGUCCUGAUUGCACUUUCGAUGCCGUGAGGAUACUGUUUGGACUCAGAAAACUGCAGCCCUGGGCAAUCAAAAUAUUAGACUCGAGCGGUAAAGUGCCGGACGGUAUACUCGGGGGUACUUUGACUGCAUUGGGCUCUUAUGACGAUUGUCUGGAGUCACGAAUAGGUGAGGAACAGAAUGAGGAGAGCACUAAAGGACAGUACUGUGCCAUUAAUGUCAGGCCAUAUCUGCCGCCAAAACCACCGCUCGAUUCCGUCGAAAAGGAGUUCAACGACGCCGCAGACGCUAAAGGAUUUGCCAAAGAACACCAUUUCGCACGAAUCGCUCCCCUAUUCUAUUACCUGAAACUACGGCUGGGUAUAUGUCUUCCGGCCAGUUGUACACUCAAUGAUCUCCAUUUAAUCACUAAGAGAAUAUCGCACAGGUUUCGUGUGAACGUAACCGUUCAAAGUUGUGACGUAAAACAGUCGACAUUCUUCAGUCUGGAUGACAAUCAAAUUAUUCCUCUCUUCAUUAUAUCCGUAUUACUGGUAAUGAUCGCCGCGUCCACAGUGUAUGACAUACUGAGCCGUACGGCAGCUGUCGAUGACUUGAAAAAGGUCUCGUCGUUUGUGUCCAACUGUUGCGCCUCUUUCUCUGUAUGCGCUAACAGUGCCAUCAUUUUGUCGACCAAAGCGCCCGACCAUAUGAUACGGUCGUUGAACGGCAUGAAAGUGAUUAGUCUUAUAUGGAUAAUGAUUGCCCACACAUACAUGACUCUGGACUUCAGGGCCACCGGCAGACUCGUCACCACAACACAGCUGCCCAAAGGCUUUCUAUUCCAGACAAUACUCAACGCCUCCCUCGCCAUCGAGACCUUCUUCUUCCUCAGCGGAGUUCUCGUCGCUUACAAUACACUCAAGAAAAUGAAAACACUUUCCAAUUGGAAUCUCAAGACUUGGAUCUCGUUUUACAUUCAUCGCUAUAUUAGACUUACUCCAGCCAUAAUGCUGUUAAUCGUGAUGUUUUUACUGGCGUAUCGUAUGGGCAACGGUCCCCUCUGGCAGGAACUCAUAUAUCCAACAGCAGAUAAAUGCCGAGACAAUUGGUGGACACAUGCGCUAUAUGUCAGCAAUUUUAUUAAAGGCAAAGAUAUGCCAUUCAUAUCCGUUUCGUACGAAUGA